UAAGCUUUGGUACAUGUGAAUAUGUCACCUGGCAAAGGAAUCAUAUAAUAGACACGAAAUAACAUUAUUGUUGUUCAGUCUGGUAGAUUUUAAUGAUGAUACUGGCGGUGUUUCUUUUCGGCGCAUUAGCUACCGUCCAAGGUGCUGGAUAUAAUUGCUAUGGCAAUGUUAUGGCAAUUCAUCCCACUGGAGCCAGCGCAGGUACUGCAUCUCAGGAUCGCAUCACGCAUGGAGGUGUACAGGCGUCUUACACAAUGGUUGAAACUGAUUUACGAGAGUUGAACAAAAGAAAAUCGUGCUAUUUACAGGCUGGAAAUAACAACUGUAUUCACCCAGCUCUUAUUGCUGCUAUUGCCAGUAGAGAAACUCGUGGCGGCGCACUCCUGUAUAGCACGGGUGGCUGGGGUGAUCACCACAAAGCCUGGGGCAUAAUGCAGUGUGAUUUGCAUGCGUCUGGACUUGGUUCUCAAUGUACACAAUUUGGUUGGGACAGUUGUGCACACAUUGACAUGAUGACGCGUGUUAUUUUGGUACCAUUUAUUAAACAAAUUAGAAGUAAGCACCCGACAUGGUCUGCUGAGCAACAAAUGCAAGGUGGUGUUUCUGCUUACAAUGCUGGAGUUGGUAACGUAGCUACUGUAGCUCGUAUGGACAUUGGUACAACAGGAAAUGACUACAGUAAUGACGUCGUUGCGCGUGCACAACGUCUUAUAUCAGCCCACGGAUGGUAAUCAAUAUUCUUUGGGAGCCGAAAAUGAGAUAUAUAUAUAGAAACACUUUAUAGUGGUAGCUUUAAUUGAAAACUGGUCGGUUAACAUAUAAUUUUGUCCAUUUGUUAUUGGACACUUCAAUAUAAAUUAGUAGCGUG